AUGUCACUCACACUAGCGCGCCGUGCCCUCGCGGCCCCAACAGCCCCACGAGCUCUCCCCAUCAUCGCUCGCCAAGCGCUCGUACACUCCUCAUCACCAGUUCUCAGCUCCCAGCACCAGUCCCGACCACUCUCGGCAACCCCCCGAAAUGCCCUCCGAAACACAUCUCCAAGCCGCCUCCCAGCGAGCAGCGGCCUCGGCGGCGGCUUUCCCCCAACAUACUUCCAGCAGCGAGCUUCCCUCCCAGUGAACACAAUCAUCCGCUUCGUCCCCCAGCAAACCGCCUGGAUCGUCGAGCGCAUGGGCAAGUUCAAUAGAAUCCUCCAACCCGGCCUGGCAAUCCUGAUACCGUUUAUCGACCGGAUCGCCUACGUCAAGUCCCUCAAGGAAGUCGCCAUCGAGAUCCCCUCCCAAUCCGCCAUCACAGCCGACAAUGUCACCCUCGAGCUCGACGGUGUCUUGUACACCAGAGUCUUUGACGCAUACAAGGCCAGCUAUGGAGUAGAAGACGCCGAGUACGCGAUCUCCCAACUAGCCCAAACAACAAUGCGUUCCGAAAUCGGCCAGCUCACCCUCGACCACGUCCUCAAGGAGCGCGCCGCCCUCAACAUCAACAUCACGGCCGCCAUUAACGAGGCUGCCCAAGCCUGGGGCGUCACCUGCCUCCGCUACGAAAUCCGCGACAUCCACGCCCCUAAGCCCGUCGUGGAAGCCAUGCACCGCCAGGUGACCGCCGAGCGUUCCAAGCGCGCCGAAAUUCUUGAUUCCGAAGGUCAGAGGCAAUCAGCUAUCAACAUUGCCGAGGGUCAGAAACAAUCUGCUAUUCUUGCGUCGGAGGCUCUCAAGGCGGAGAAGAUCAACAGGGCUAUGGGUGAGGCUGAGGCGAUCUUGCUGAGGGCAAAGGCCACGGCCGCGGGGAUUGAGGCGGUGGCCAAGGCGAUUCAGGACGGACAAGGGGCGGCGCAGAAUGCGGUUAGUUUGAGUGUGGCGGAGAAGUAUGUGGAUGCGUUUGGGAAGCUGGCCAAGGAGGGGACCGCGGUGGUGGUGCCGGGGAAUGUGGGGGAUUUGGGGGGCAUGAUUGCUACUGCCAUGGGGGUGUAUGGGAAGGUUAGUGAGGGGCAGCAGAAGGGUUUGGAGGCGGCGCAGGCGAGGAAGUUGUUGCAGGAGCAGCAGGAGGUCAAGGCCUAG